UUUUUCCAGCUCACCCUCCUGGGCACUUUCUCCCUCCUCCUCGCUGAAGAGGUCCGUCUGAUAGACCUGGACCCCCCGGAAGCACAGCAGAUCAUCGAACAACAGGACCAGUCCCUCAACUAUGCACCCAAGGUCGACUCGAACGUCCCGGCCGUCCGAUUCCUCGGCAACGAACCCCACCACGUCCUGGAGGACGUCUACCUGGCCAAGCAGUACCACGGCCAGGACGGCCUCGGGGGGUACCUUUACGGGUACAACGUGCCAGACAUCGCCAAGACCGAGAAGAAGAAGGCCGGCGGCGAUCUGCGAGGAGCGUACAAUUACAUCGCCGGGAAUGGGCAGGAAAUUAAGGUAGAAUACUGGGACGAUGGUAAUGGUUUCCACCAAAUCGAUAAUGUACCAAAAAUUCUACCCAAACAAAUAGAUGACCUACCUGAAGUCAAAGCAGAAAAAGACAAAUUCCUAGCCAGAUGGCAAGAAGAAGCCGAAAGAAAUAGUCGUCCAGUUGCGGACCCCUACAACAGUGAAGGACAGUAUGCUAGUGGUCCACUUUCUGCCCAAGGUCAACUGGAGUCCAAAAGACAGUUGCAGCAGCAGCAACUCAACUCAUACCAACCAAGCGGCCAAUACCAAUCUGGACAGUACCAGCAACCAAACCAGUACCAGCACUCGUCUGGACAGUACCAACCAUCAAGCCAACCAGGACAGUAUCAAGCUGGACAACAAUCAUCAUCCACUCAGACUGGACAGUACCAACAGCCUGGUCAGUUCCCACAACUCAACCAGUAUCAAGCUGGACAGAAACCAUCAUCCAGCCAGUCUGGGCAGUACCAACAAACAGGACAGCAGCAACAACCCACUUCGUAUCAAGCUGGACAGCAAUCACCAUCCAGCCAGUCUGGACAGUACCAACCAUCUGGUCAAACCGGACUGUAUCAACAAGCGGGUCAAAACCAACAAUCCAACCAGUUACAGUCUGGACAGAAACAGUUUCCUAGCCAAUCUGGACAGUAUCAAUCACAAUUCGGACAGAAUCAGAAUCAUCAGCCUACAGGACAGUAUCAACAGACAGGGCAUCAGUAUCAAGCAACUGGACAGCAUCAGCAAUCUGGACAAACUGGGCAGUAUCAACCAACAGGACAGCAGCAGUCUACACAAACAGGACAAUACCAACAACCUGAACAAUAUAAAAGUCAAAACCAACGACAAGAAUCUAGUCUAAAUCAGAUAGACUAUAGUGGACAGUACAGCGAGAACCAAAACAUAUAUUCCAAACCGCAGCCAUCCUAUUCGGAAUCUGGACAGUAUAAUCAAGCUGAUGGGCAGUACCAAGGGAAAUCGAAUGAAAUUGACAAUUCGGGAAAAUACGACAAGAGUUCGGAAGAAGAGGACACUACCGGGCCGCCUAAAGGUUUCUUCUAUAGCUUUGAUUAUCCUGUAGGAAUCAUUGUUCAGAAAGGAGAUUUGGUGAGGAAUAGUGAAGUGAAGAACGUAUAUGAUGAAAAUAAGGCCAAGUUUGAAAGUCAAUUGAGAUCCGGAAGGUCAAAUGGAUCCAGCCAGAGUGGUUAUCUUUAUGUUAAGAAUUAA